GCGAGGGGGCAUGACGGGGCGAAAGCGCCCGGGCCUUCCCGCCCCGCGUGCGGAGGGUCGCGGGACCGGGCGGCCGGAGCGGCUUGGGGAAGGGGCCUGGGCAAGCCCAGCCCCACCCCGAGGCUUUAACCCCUCUCUGCCGGAAGGGGAAGCCCCGGCGCUGUUGAGGGGGAGGGGAGGUGUCCCCUGGGGGUAGUGGCAUCAGCUGAGGCCCUUGGCACCAGCCCAGACUCCUCCUCUCCAGGAACCCGCGGCGUCUUAGCUGGGGGUCCGGGGAGGAUGGCAUCGGAAAGGGAGUUUGGAGUCUCCGUCUGGCUCAGAAGUUGCAGCAGGAGGUGCCCCAACCAGAGGAUGAGUUGGAGGGGCGCUGCCCACUCUAGGGACACGGGAGAGAGUGGCUCUGAGGGCUUUGGGUAGUCGAGACGGAGAUGGGCAAUUGUAAGUCUUUCACUGCCGGGGAGUGGUGGGGAAGGAGUUAAAAUCUGUCUUACAAAAAGGGAAGAUGGGCUCCAUGGGUGUGUGAGCUGAGGCUGCGGUAAUGGCUGCGGCCUGCAUUAAAGAGCUUGGCUGGACUGGGCGUGUGGGGCUGAGGGAGGCUUGGGGCAGGUGCUGGGGGUUGCCCCCCCGCCGGUCCCAGCACCCAUACUGGGGUUUCUGAGAAUUGUGGAUUGGCCACACACUGGCCAAAAAUGCCGAUGAUGUGGGUUAGCAAAGAAGUAUGGCCGGUCAGCCCAGGUACUUCUCUGUGUUGUGGCCCAUCCCGGAAGAAGAGGGCCCCCCUGAUGGAUCUCAGCAUCCCAGAAGGAGCAUGGCCUGAGGCAGGAGGGCAGAGGGAGGGCUGGAGGCUGGAGCUGCGGGUACCCCACGGUCACAUAUUUAGGCACUGGCUUCCUUUUCCAAACAUGUUUUGCAGAGGACUCCUGCCCCUUUCUCCACCCAGUGGUUCCUAGUUCCUCAUCCGACAGGCCAGGACCUUCAGGCCCCUGCUGGGUUUUUUGGCAUGAUAGUCUCCUAGCCAACACUUGCCCCUGGGCUCCUGUCUGAGAGUUUGGCCCCUAGUUAGAUUUGGCAUUGACUUGGGCUCUUGGGCCCCCUUGGGCAGGAACAUAACACCUGGACUCUGAUCCUGCAGGCCUGGGUGGCUUGGCUUCUAGGCAUUUAGAUCUGGGAGACGUCUCCAGGGUAAGGCCAAGAGGAGGACCAAGUUGUUGCUGCUCUAACAGCUCACCCUAGGUGUCACCUCCAGUCCCCAGGGAAGCCACGCGCCUGGGCAGAGAUGCACAGGUACCCAGUCAGGACAGUUCAACGAGGACAUGAUCCCCACCGUGGGUUUCAACAUGCGCAAAAUCACCAAAGGGAACGUGACCAUCAAGCUCUGGGACAUUGGGGGACAGCCCCGAUUCCGCAGCAUGUGGGAGCGCUACUGCCGAGGAGUGAGUGCCAUUGUGUACAUGGUGGACGCCGCUGACCAGGAGAAGAUUGAGGCCUCCAAGAAUGAGUUGCACAACCUACUGGACAAACCCCAGCUGCAGGGCAUUCCGGUCUUAGUCCUGGGUAACAAGCGAGACCUUCCAGGAGCACUGGAUGAGAAGGAGCUGAUUGAGAAAAUGUUCUACUCUGGUUUCCCCCCAGGAAUCUUUCUGCCAUCCAGGACCGAGAGAUCUGCUGCUACUCCAUUUCCUGCAAAGAAAAGGACAACAUUGAUAUCACCCUACAGUGGCUUAUUCAACACUCAAAGUCACGGAGAAGCUGAGACUGCGGUCCUUCCCCCUCGGACCAGGGACCUGCUGUCAUCCAAACCCGAAGCCGAGCUCCCCGCCCACCCUGCCGUCCCCCCUAAGCCCGUCCCUCCUCACUCAGCGUGGGGAGGGACCCUCUGGGGAUCCCAGAGUCCUGUUCUGCUGAGGUUUGAACUCCUGAUUUUAUUGUAAAAUAAACCGCUCCCAUUCUGGCCCCCUAACCUCUCGCCUUUCCCCUUCCCUCUGCCCUCUGCCGGCCCUGCUUCCGGCCCCUUAACAGCCCUGGCCCCAUAGCCCCUGCCCUCCUCUCUCCCGUGCCCCACUCCUACACUGCCCUUUUCAACACUCUUCUGUUGUUGUCCUGUGUGUACAGUAUAUAUAUGUAUAUAUAUUUUAAUUUUUUAAUUUAAGCAAAGACUAAAAUCAACCAUUUGAUGCUGCAGGGGCCCGUCAGGACCCGGGAGGGGGGCGGUCUGGAAAGAAGGAAAGAGAUGCGGGGUGGGCUUGGGGCAGGUUCAGAUUAGGACAGUGAAGGCUGGCACCUGGGGGGCAGGUACCAGCCAGGGCACUGGCGGCCAUCCCCAUGUCGCGUUCAUUUCCACUUCCCGAUCUGGCUUGUCCCCGUAGUGCUUGAACGUCACAGGCUGACUGCCACCUCCGGAGGUGCCCCUGUCUGCCCCCCUAGCCUCAGUAGGGCCACCAGGCACAACCAGGUGCCAGAGAGCACCUGGGGGAAGGGGCAGGAGGCCAGCGCCUGGGGCGCCCCAGCAGCCCCUCCUGCCCGUUCCUGGCUCCCAGCUCCUGCCCCUUCCUGGGGCCCCCAACUCCAUGGGCCACCUCAUUUUCUGUUCUCAUUUUGCAGAGUUGCACAAGGAGAGAACUCAGCAUGGGGGGUUGGUUCUUUGGGUUUUGUUUUCUGUUGGUUUAUGUGUUUAAUUUAAUGAUUUGUAAAGUGAUGUUCCUCUUCCUUUUUUACACUUUUCAGCUCAUAUUUAACCUCUGUUUGGAAAAUGAUUCUUGUAACUGUACAUUUUUUUGCCUCCUAACAACACGAAUAAAUGACCAGUUUUGUGUC